UCUGGCGUUCCGGCAACAUUCGCUGCAAAUGUCCGCACGCGUCUUUAAAAGUUUAAUGCGCGACUUUUUUGCGGUCAACUACGAUGAGCAGCGCGCUGAUCCGGAGGCACAGCGUCUGGAUGGCAACGGUCGCUAUUAUCCCAACUGCUCCUCGGAUGUCUGGCUGCGCUCCUGCGAGCGUGAGAUCCUUGAGCCUCUGGAGGGUCAUGCGAGUGGCCAUAUACCCGGCUGGCUGAAUGGCAGCCUGCUGCGCAACGGGCCCGGCAGCUGGCAGGUGGGCGACAUGACAUUUGGCCACCUGUUCGACUGCUCGGCGCUGCUGCAUCGCUUUGCCAUUAAAAAUGGCCGGGUUACGUAUCAGACGCGAUUCGUGGACACGCAGACGCUGCAAAAGAAUCGUGCAGCCCGACGGAUUGUGGUCACGGAAUUUGGCACGGCCGCUGUGCCGGAUCCGUGUCACUCGAUCUUUGACAAAUUUGGUGCCAUCUUUAAGCCGGACAGCGGCACGGACAACUCCAUGAUAUCCAUUUAUCCGUUUGGCGAUGAGUAUUACACAUUUGCCGAGACGCCCUUUAUGCAUCGCAUAAAUCCGUGUACGCUGGCCACCGAGGGACGCAUUUGCACCACCGACUUUGUGGGCGUGAUCAACCACACAUCGCAUCCGCACAUCUUGCCCAGCGGCACGGUCUACAAUCUGGGCACCAGCAUGACCAAAUCUGGGCCAACAUAUAGCAUCAUUUGCUUUCCGAACGGUCGGCACAUGUUCGAGGAUGCGCACGUGGUGGCCACAUUGCCCUGCCGCUGGAAACUGCAUCCCGGCUACAUGCACACCUUUGGCCUGACCGAGCACUACUUUGUCAUUGUGGAGCAGCCGCUGUCGGUAUCUCUGCCGGAAUACCUCAAGACGCAGCUGUCCAAUCAAAAGUUGGCGGCCUGCUUGAAAUGGUACGCGGAGAAGCCGACGCUGUUUCAUCUGAUAGAUCGCGUUACGGGCAAGCUGGUGCAGAGCUACGAAUCGGAGGCAUUUUUCUACCUGCACAUCAUCAAUGCGUACGAGCAGGACGGGCAUGUCGUGGUGGACAUAUGCAGCUACAGAAAUCCGGAGAUGAUCAACUGCAUGUACCUGGAGGCGAUUGCGAAUAUGCAAACGAAUCCCAACUAUGCGCAGCUCUUUCGCGGGCGUCCCUUGCGCUUCGUGCUUCCACUGGGCGCCUGUUGCAGCUCCGGCAAGCGACGCCUGGUCAAGUCGCUAUCCCUGGCGGGUCUGACGCCCCCGACGCCUGCGGCACGCCUCAGGCACUCCGCCUCGCAGUAUGCGGACAUUAGCUACAUGGCCACCAAUGGCAAGCAGGAGGGGAGUCCCGGCAAGCAGGAGGAGGACGGCUGCAUCAAUCUGGUCAGCCUGGAGCACAGCCAAGCGGAGGCGUAUCGCGUUGCCAACGGCAUAUACCUGCGACCCGAAAUGCUGUGUGACUGGGGCUGCGAGACGCCCAGGAUAUACUACGAGCGACACAUGGGCAAGAGCUAUCGCUACUUUUAUGCGAUCAGCUCCGAUGUGGAUGCACAGAAUCCGGGCACGCUCAUCAAGGUGGAUGUCGUGAGCAAAACGUGUGCGACCUGGUGUGAGCCGAAUAUUUAUCCCAGCGAGCCGAUCUUUGUGCCGGCGCCGCAGCCGCAGAGCGAGGACGACGGCGUCCUGCUGGCCUCCAUGGUGGCGGGCGGACUCAACGAUCGCUAUGUGGGCCUCGUUGUGCUGUGCGCCAAGACCAUGACGGAGCUCGGGCGUUGUGAAUUCCACACAAAUGGACCCGUGCCCAAGUGCCUGCAUGGCUGGUUUGCGGCCAAUGCCGUUUAAACUGCAUGUUAAAUAAUUAUCCGCUAGUUAGUC